UAUAGAUUACGAUUUUUAGCUUAUGGCUGCUAUGGAGCCGGAUCCACCUCCGGACCUCCAAAAAUUUCCUUCAAAAGAUGGAGUGGUAGAUAUCGACGAGACGAAUCCAACGCAAAAGGAAUCGUCUCAAUCCGACAUCCGAAGCUCCGGGAAUGUUGAAAAAACAGCCGCGAUUACUGUUCAUCUUCUCCAAGAACAUGCUGCCGUUGAUCGAGAAAUCGAUUUUAAUUCAAAUUCUGUGAUUUGUUUUGAAAAAACACCAAUUGGGGAUGUUAGAGAAACAUCUAAUCUACAACAUAUCAGAAAUUCAAGUGAUUUCACCGUGGCAAUUGAGAGAAACGAAGCUGCGACUGUUCAGGGAAAUUCUGGCGAAUCGCCAGCCAAUCGGACUGCGAUUUGGACGUCUUACGGCGACAUUCGAGAUGGCGCACCACCUGGGUUUUGUAACCCACCUCGAGGCGCCCCUCAUACUAAAAGCCCAACUCCAUUGGACGACGGUGGCGCCGGCGAUACACUGUCGAAUUCCGACGUCGGAGUUCCGGCGACAUUCGAGCUUCCAGACCAAUGCCAUCUUGUAGAGGAGCUCAAUACGAGUACAAUCAUACAAAAAUCGCCACCAUCCUCUAAGUCAAACUUGUCGAAUAUCAAUUCGAAUAAUUCCGGCGGUGAGGCGAUUUCAGGCAGUGGCGGCGCCGCCGCAAGUGAUGGUGAAAACUCGAAAUUGUCAGUGGGUUUUGUGGAUGAUCAUACAAGGAACACCAUUAACCAAAAAGCCCCAUCAUCCACAACUCCUAACACUUUGAAUUUGGAAAUUAGGGUUGCACCACCACCUGCCGGAGGCGGCGCAGCGGCGGAGCCCCAAACUCAAAAUUGGCAAUGCCAAACUGCUCAACACAAUGAGGGGAGUCCACCAAUGCAAAAAGCCCCAUCAGGUAUGCCUCAUUUCAAUUCGAAUUUGACUUUUAGGGUUUCCAAUUUGUCUAGUACUGACACCAGUGGUAGCGCCGGAUCUCCGGCGACCGGAAAAAAUAUUUUUGAAUUGAAUUUUAAUCCCCAGCAUCAAACUAACCCACAAGAACAAAUAUUUUCCAAAAAAGAUCCCUCCAACAAUUCAAACGUCGAUUCUAGUCUUGAUCCUAAAGAAAAAACCACCGGAACCAUCUUUCCGGUGAACGCCCAAAAUAAGUCUCAAAGUAAAAGUAACCCUCAUACUCUUAGGAACGAAAUAAACCAAACAACACAAUUUUUAGGCACCUCCAACUCAAAUUCUAAAAUUCCAACUUGUGUCACUAGGGGCGAAAACAGUCUUAUCGUGCCCGAAGCUGUUUUGGUUGAUCGUAUCACCACCUUGGGCAAUCCUAGCACCUCCACUAAUCCUAAACAUACCAACCACCCUCCCGUUUCAGACUUUCCCCCCAUCUCAUCCAAUUUCCAAAAAUUUGACCCAAAAAACUCUAAAAAUCCGAUAGUGUCCUUUACCCCCAGUGCGCUACCUCCUAAGACUAAGUCCCCUAACAACCAACCCACCACCACAAAUCAUCCUCCACCCCCUAUAGCAAAGCAAUCCAUGGCCACAAGACUAAGAGCUAAACAAGCCGAGCAUACAACCAGAAUUGACCUAACACCUCCAAAAAGGGUGACAAAACAAGGUUGUCCAGCUAUCAUGUUUAAGAGAGAAGACUACAUGGUUAAGAUGGCUGAAUCAUGUAAGUAUACUCUCAUAGGCAAGUUCUACAGUCCAAUGCCCAAGAUGGAGGUAAUUCGAAAGAAGUUCAUUAGUCAAACUGAACUUCGAGGCAAGGUCAAGAUUACCCAUUUUAAUUCUAGACAUAUAUAUAUUGACCUUGAUAAUGAACACGAUAGAACUACUGUACUAGAUAGCAAGCGAAUGUAUAUUGAUGGUGUCUUUAUGAGAUUUCAAGUUUGGACCCCUACUUUCGAUCCAAACUAUGAAACCCCCAUUCUCCCUGUGUGGGUCAUACUCCCGGAGCUCCCAUGGCAUUGUUUCCAUAAAGAAUUUGUUACGCUCCUGCUUGCGGACGUGGGACAAGUGUUGCACUUGGACAUGGCCUUCAUGCAAAAGACGAGGGGGAGCGUGGCAAAAGCAAAAGUCCAAAUGGACAUCACCAAGCCUAGAAUCCAAAGUGUAUGGAUUGGAUUCGAUGAAAAUGAUGAUCCAAAUGGAGAAGGAAGAUGGCAGGACAUCGAAUAUGAAGAUGUCCCCCUUUACUGUACUUACUGCAAACACCAAGGUCAUACUCCUCUUGCUUGCCCCGUCAGCAGAAGAGAUACAGAACGCAACAAGGCCAAAGACAAGGAAGAAGAGCCAAAGAAAGAUGCGUCGCCAAAAAUCACAGGUAUGAUCUCUACUCCUAUUGUCUUAACUAAUGCUAUAAGUUUCAGGCAACAGGUACCACUAGAAGAAACUACCACCACAAAUCAGGAAGGAAGUCGCAAAGCACAAGAGGACUCAACCAACCAAAACAGGAAUCAAAUCUCAAACAACCAAUGGGAAACCCAAAAACGAAGAAACUUCAAAGGUAAGACUCAAACUGUGCAAAACACCCAAACGAUACAAGGCAACACUCAACAGCACGAGCAUCAACCAGGUAUUGACUCAAUGCUCCCAAUCCCCCAUGGCUCCCCCAGUAGUUUUAAUGUAUUGAAUGUUUUAACUGCUGCUGCUGAAGUAGUUAACGGAGGUGAGGAUGGUGGGAUUCAGGAGAAGCCAACUAACCUGCAGGAAGGGGUAUCCAGAGGGGGGGUUGUGUCUCAUGUUUUGCAUGAGAACCUUAUGGUUGACCCUAGGAAUGACUUUAGAGCUCCUGCUACCACUUCACAUAUUCAGCAUUCUUCUUCCCAGCAUGUUAAUAAAAGAGAUUCAGUUGAUGCUCAAAAAAUGGCCUCCAAACUGCCCCCUGCUGUGACCAUUGGAUGUGAGACCACAGUUGAUUCUGGAAGGCUUUCAAGUCCUUCUUUGAGAACUGAGCAGCAGCAGUUCAGGAGUGUAGAUGUAGGGGCAAACCAGAGCCAAAAAAUGACUCAACAGGUUGCUCAGAACCUGCAAGUCUUGGGAGGUUCUGCAACUGUUGGCUUGAGGGAAGCUAUACAUGUCCUGGAUGCUACUUCAGCUGCUACUAUGGAAGAAAAUAGGGUGCACAAUAGGGCCAUUCAGAUGCAGAAACAAAGACCUGCAGAUGCUCCUAUUCCCACCAAGAAAAUGACCAAUACUGCAGCCCCCUAUCAGCCUCAAAACUCCCAGGAAAAUAGGGUGCACAAUAAGGCUACCCAGAUGCAGGGAUCAAGACCUGCAGCUGCAGGUUUGGAGCAAAAUUUGCAUGGUUUUGGCCCUAUUUCAGCUUCUACUCUGAAGGAAAAGAGUGUGCAAGUUGUGGCCCCUAAACUAAUAUCAAUUCAGCACAACAGUCAAGGUGUAGAUCACACUGAAAAUGUUGAAAAUGACCAACAUUAUGGUUGCAGUUUCAGCAUUACUUCAAGUGAUCAAACCUCUAGUCUUAGUUCCCACCAAGUGCAACAUUCUAACUCCAAACAAAAAGACAAUGCAACCAUUAGUGGUAUAGAAUUCUCAGCUAGUCCUAGUCCCUAUAACCAGCAAGCUACCUCUAAAACACUACGGAAAAAGAGAACUAGAAAGAAGAAACAAGAAAAGAAGCAAGAAGCUGCAACCCCUACCCCUCCAACCACUGCUGAUACAGGUGGAAAAGAUAACAAUGGUGAGGUGUUUUCAAACUCUUGCUCACAAUAUGUACUCUUAGAUCAAAGCACACCAAUAAGGAGCCCUGAUUUUAGUUGUGAAGACCCUCUUAAUCUUACCCCUUUGAAUAUUCAGCCAGCUCCUUUUACGCAACCUGAAAAUGCCACCAACAUCCUUUGCACUAACAAUGAUGCUCAAACUUCAACUCCUGAUAGUGAUGAUGAAUAUGGGGUUAUUCAUUCGGAGGAUGAAUAUGACCAAGACUUUCAAGGUGAGGUUGAACUUGAGAAUGAAGAAGAGACUGAUGAACAGUCCAAUAGUAUAGCUGCACCAUCCAAGACCACUACUAAGGUCACGAAUGAUGAGAUGAACCAGCUAGCUAAUAAGCAAGGCCUAUCACCUAGAGGCAUUCAUCACAAUCCAAAAUUUACAACUAUUCAUGCUCCUAUUAGCAGACCAAACACUAGGCUCCACAACCUUAGAUCCCAUCAAUGAUUAACACAAUUGUUUGGA